AUGUACGACCACUCAGGUGCCGUUGUAACGCCUCCAAUUAACAUCGACACUCACCCAAACAAUUUCUUACACAUCUUUUCAUGCCUUGUCUUUGGUAAACUUGAGUGCCUGGGGUAUGACCCCUCGAUUCUAAAUAUCCCCGAUGAUCCUCUUCGUCUUCCUCUUCCUGCUCCCAUCGGUCGAAUCCUUGUCAACGAUCACACGUACGACAUCCUUGAAGUCAUAUUUUCUAGUCAAGGGCUUGUUGGUCGUGGUACCGUUUGUUAUUUGGCGUGGAGGGGUGACAAAGAAUAUAUCAUCAAAGAUCACUGGGUUCUUGGCAGUAAAGUGGACACCUUGAAUGAAGUCAAGAUGCUGCAGGCAAUGAAAGAUGUCCGUGGUGUUCCACAGCUCAUCGAUCACUGGCUUGUCGAGAUCAAGCCUGGGAAGGUUAAUCAAACGGGGCUUUAUCGUUACAAGCUGUUGAACAGCCUUCAAGAUGCCGUCCGCACACAUGUUCGUUUGGUGUUAAAGCCUCACGCACAACCAUUAUAUAUGUUCUGGACGAAGGCAGAGUUGUUGGGCGCUAUUCGGGAUAUCAUCAGCAGUAAGUAUAUAUUCAAUACCCCUCCCUCUUCUACAUUCAACUGA